GUGAUUUUUUUAUAAACACUUUUUGAUUUUUGUUUCUUAAUUUUAUUAAUGAAUGCUUGGUGUUUUGAGAUGUUGCCGUUGGGCCAAUUGUGGAUUAAAUCGUCGUCAUUACGCUAACCAAUUGAAAGAGAUGAAAUAUUUAAAUGUAGCCGAGAAAAAUGAUGCGGCCAAGACCAUAUCCAGACUCUUGGCGAAUGGAGCAGAACACCGCCGUGAAGGCUAUUCCGUGUAUAACAAGGUUUUUGACUUUGAAGCUCAAGUACGGGGACAGAAUGCUAAAAUGGUGAUGACUUCCGUCUCUGGCCAUUUGAUGCAAUUGGAAUUCCAGGUCUCUUAUAGAAACUGGCGCACUGUGGAUCCACGCUCCCUGUUCGAUGCACCAAUUAAGAAAUCGGUAGGCGAGAAAUAUGCGCCCAUUAAGCGAACCUUAGAGCGAGAGAUUCGUGGCUGUCAGGGUUUAAUCAUCUGGACAGAUUGCGAUCGCGAGGGAGAGAAUAUUGGCUUUGAGAUAAUCGAGGUAUGCCGUGGCAUUAAACCAAAUCUAAAGGUUUAUAGAGCCAGCUUCUCGGAAAUUACAUCGGCAGCAGUGCGUCGGGCGUUGCAACAACUGGGUGAACCGGACAAACGUCAAAGCGAUGCAGUGGAUGUACGAUCCGAGUUGGAUUUACGGACAGGAGCAUCUAUAACACGCUUCCAGACAAUGCGUUUGCAGCGUUUAUUUCCCGAGAAUAUAGCAGACAAAUUGAUCUCCUAUGGCAGCUGUCAGAUACCCACACUGGGAUUUGUUGCCGAAAGGUACAAAGAGGUGGAGGCUUUUGUUUCCGAACCAUUUUGGAAGGUUAAGGUUCUUCACACUAUUGAGGAUUUGACAGUGGAAUUUAAUUGGGCCCGGAAUCGUUUGUUUAACAAGGAAGAGUGCGAAAACUAUUUGAUGCUUUGUCUUGCCGAACCAGCACCGCGGGCCUUGGUGGAGAAUGUGACUGUGAAACCAAAGCACAAAUGGCGUCCCACACCCUUGGAUACGGUGGAAAUGGAAAAAAUGGGUUCCAGGAAAUUGAAGCUGUCGGCCAAGGAAACUAUGACCAUAGCUGAGAAACUCUAUUCCAAAGGUUUCAUUAGCUAUCCGCGUACGGAAACAAAUCAAUUUACAAAGGAAUUCAAUUUGGUGCCAUUAGUGGAGUUGCAUAAAGAUCAUAACGAUUGGGGCGCGUUUGCCCAACGUGUGUUGGACUGGGGACCCAAUCCACGGAAUGGCAACAAAUCCGAUCAGGCCCAUCCUCCUAUUCAUCCCAUUAAGGCAGCGAUCAAUCUUCAAGGGAAUGAAGCUCGCGUCUAUGAGAUGGUAGUUCGUCACUUCCUAGCCUGCGUGAGUAAGGAUGCUGUUGGUUCGGAGACUAUUGUCAACAUCGAUAUAGCCGGUGAGAAAUUUAGUGCCAAUGGUUUGGUCAUUCAUGAGCGUAACUAUCUGGAUGUCUAUGUGUAUGAGAAAUGGAAUGCAAAGCAAAUACAUCACUACGAACGGGAUCAACGUUUUGAACCCACCGAAGUGUCCUUGCACGAGGGAGCAACCACGGCUCCGCCUCUGCUAACCGAAGCCGAUCUCAUUGCAUUGAUGGACAAGCAUGGUAUUGGCACGGAUGCCACACAUGCCGAGCAUAUAUCCACAAUCAAAGAGCGCGGCUAUAUUGGUGUUAUAGAUAAGGGUUUUCUGGUUCCCGGCGUCAUUGGCAUGGGUCUCUAUGAGGGUUAUGAUGCCAUGGAAUUGGCUCUGGCAAAACCAUUGUUGCGUGCCGAAUUCGAAUCGGAUUUAAAGCUCAUCUGUUUGGGACAAAAGGAUCCCAAAGUGGUUUUGUCCGAACAAAUAGCCAAAUACAAGGUGGCCUAUCAACAAAUUACGGAUAAGAUAACAGCAAUGGAUGAUAAAAUUGCCCAUCGUAUUAACGAAACGCCAGCAGCGAAUAACGCAGCAGCAGGCAAUGGCAAUGAUGGUCAGGAAAAUGUCAGUAAUAUGCAACAGGAAUUGUCUCAAUGUCCGAAAUGUGAUGAGGCACCAUUGGCCUUGAAGGCGAGAAAGAAUCAGCAAGGUUGGUUCAUUGGCUGUCUGAAUUUCCCGGACUGCAAAAAUGUUGUGUGGCUACCAUCGGAAUGCAAAGAGAUUACCGUCUUGGAUGAGUGUUGUCCGACAUGUGGAGAUGGUCAUCGAAUGCUCAAAUUUCGUCUUAGUACUCCUUAUUAUCGUGGACUUUUUAAUACUCCGCAUGGAUGGUAUAAGACUUGCUUGCCAUGCGAUGAAUUAUUUCGAAAUACGUUCAACAUUAAUCUGGAAAAUGUAAAGCGUGUGGGUCGUAUUGUCGGAGUGGGUGGAAGUAGUGGCCCAGGUCCAGGUCCAGGUGGCGGUGGUCCAGGUAGCGGUGGUCCAGGUGGCGGUGGUCCAGGUGGCGGUGGUCCAGGUGGCGGUGGUCCAGAUGGCAAUGGUCCCAGUGCCAGGAGAGGCGGAGGUGCUGGAAACGGCGGAGGCUGGGGUUCAGGCAACAACGGAGGAGGUGGAGGAUGGGGCUCUGGAAAUGGCGGUGGUGGAAGUUCCGCAUCAGUCACUAAGCCCGCUCCGAAACCUAAAAAAUCUGCACCUACUGCAACAAAAGCCAAACCCCCACAACAACCCAAGCCCAAUAAUGUCGUUAAAAACAAUUCGAUAAAUGCAGCUGGAGGUAUUAGAAAUUAUUUCACCACCAGCAGCAACACUCCACCUCCCACAAAUAAGGAAAAUCUUGAUGGCUUCUUUGAUAGCAAUGAUGGAUUUGAAGAGGAAAUGUUAGCUGUAGCUGAUUCGCUGGAGUCAUCCAGUGUUCCAACUGCGCGAACUGCUGUUCCCGUGUCGAUCAAUAAUCAAGCCGAACUGGAUGACAUAGCCGCCGCUUUUGCUGCCGACGAUGAUGCAGAAUUUGAAGCGCUAGCUGGUUUGGAUACUAGUCUGUCUGGUUGGAUACGGGAACAAAACAAGGCCGAAGAGGAGCCCAUGCUAUGGGGAAGUCGUGCACGUGCCGCUGCAGCACCAACUCCACCACCCAAGCCAGCAGCUAAACGUGUUUGUUUAGAAACCCAUGAUGUGGAUAAUUUAGAUGCUUCACCCGUUCGCUGCACUGGCUGCCAUCAGCCAGCUCGUCAAAUGACCGUGCGUCGUGAUGGACCCAAUCAGGGUCGUCUUUUCUACAAGUGUCCCAAGCCCGAUGAAUGCAAGUUCUUUCAAUGGGCAGAUGAACCAUCUGCACCACUACCAUCAUCAUCAACAACAAGUACACGAGGUGGUGUUUCUUCUUGGGGUAGUAGUGGCGGUGGCACUUCAUCUACACGAGGUGGUGAUUCCUCUUGGGGCAGUGGUGGUGGCAGUUCAUCUUGGGGUACCAAUCGUGUAGCCACCUUACCCAGCAGCAGUCGCAACCAUGGAUCUGCUCAAAUGCGUUCCAAUUCCAGCAGCACUGUGACCAUCACCAAAACAGUUCCAAGUCAAUCUUCGGGUGAUGGAACAGAAGUCAAAUGCGCAUGCGGUCAAUCGGCUAGCAAAUUAACUGUACGCAAGGAUGGCCCCAACCAGGGUAGACCCUUCUAUGCCUGCCCAAUACGAGAAAAGUCCUGUGGUUUCUUUCAAUGGGCGGAUACAGAUGAGAAUCAAGCUUCCACAUCAUGGGGUUCAGGAAGAAGUGGUCCCAGUAGUAAAAGCGGCUCCAAGGGUGAUGGUGCUGGUGGAACUAGCAGUAAAUCACGGCGCUGCGGGCUGUGCCGUCAAGAAGGUCACACGCGCAACAAGUGUCCACGCAAGCCAAAUUUUGAUUUUUAAUUAAAUUAAGUGAAUCAAUUUAUCAUUUCAUUUGUUUAAACAUUUAUUGGAGUGAGCUUAAAAAUAUUGUUGCAUAGAUUAUAAAGGAUCCAAGUGGCCUCCGCAAUUAGAGUUAUAAGCUUCAGUUUUCUAUAUAUGUAUAUAUAUAUAUAUAUAUGUUGUUCUAUCAAGGAAAUGCGGAUAUGUAAAAUACACAUACAUAAAGAGAUUUUUCAUUUUGUAUAUAAGUUAUGUACAUUGUAUACUAUUUUAUAACUUAGUUUUGUUUUCUUUUCUUACUUUUUGUAUAUCGUAAAUUGAGCCACACAUACAUAUAAAUACUAUUACGAAUAUACGAGGAGAAUAAUAGUUUAGUUAACCACACCACAUGGAUUAGAAAUUAUUUUCCAGCAACAUUUAUUGUGAUUAUCACAAGGGAAGAAAAGGUUUUUAUAUUAAACGAAAUGUGAAGGACAUGUAUAUAGGAGAUUGCCUAUAUAUAUAUACGAUAUUUAAUUGA